AUGUUCCAACGCCCGGCACGAGGACAGACCGUGGACAGACCGAGGACAGACCGAGGACAGACCGUGGACAGACCGAGGACAGACCGUGGACAGACCGAGGACAGACCGUGGACAGACCGUGGACAGACCGUGGACAGACCGUGGACAGACCGAGGACAGACCGUGGACAGACCGAGGACAGACCGUGGACAGACCGUGGACAGACCGAGGACAGACCGUGGACAGACCGUGGACAGACCGUGGACAGACCGAGGACAGACCGAGGACAGACCGAGGACAGACCGAGGACAGACCGAGGACAGACCGUGGUCACGCAGCUAA